CGUCAUCGGACGGUCCACAGGCCUCCCGUAGCGCCCGCAGCAGUCUCCAACGGCCGAUCCGUGCCCGUCUGCCCGAGUCGCAUCCCCUCGUUGAGCUCGACAGCGACGACCAUGGCGGCGGCCUCUUCCGUGGCGCCGGCGAGGCACAGCUGCGCGAAGCUCUCGGUUCCGGUGGAGGACCCCAAGGCGGUGGCGGCGGGCGCAGGCACCGUCUUCGUCAAAGCCACGUGGCUGCCGUCCCGCUUCUCCCUCGCCGUGACCGAUGGUGCCGGCGCCUGGGUCGCCGACGCCUCCGACCACGAGGUGCGCCUCCGCGCCGAGCAGUGGGACCAGCCCGUCACCGAUUACCUCGCCCUCGCCGAGCGCUACCUCGCCUUCCAACAGCCUGAUUCCACGUACUCCUUCCACGACGCCGGCAAAGGCAACCGCAGGCUCUCAUGGACAUUUGAAAGACAAGGUACCAAGUUGGAAUGGCGAUGGAAGCUGCAGCCUUCACCAAACACACAGCAGACUAUAUCUGAGAUCCUGGAUUUUCUUAUGGAUGCAAAUAUACGCUUGAGUGAAGAGGUUGUUAGGAAAACACAAUCCUUCGACAAGUUGAAACAAGAAGCUGAGAAGUGCUUGCAACAAAGUGAAAGAUUUAACAAUGAAAAAACUGAGUUUGAACAAGCCACCUUUUCAAAGUUUGUGGCUGUGUUAAAUUCGAAGAAGGCCAAGCUCAGACAACUCAGAGAUAAAGUUGUGGAACUUGAAUCUGCUGGCAAGCCUCCCAAGGAGGAGGUUGAGCAGCAGGAGGAGAACUCAACGGACCGGACAGAGCUCUUCGAGGGAGAAAGUGACAAAGAAGCAAGCAUCAAUGAUGAGCCCUCCGAGACAGGCAGUGGCAAUGUUCAUAGUUCUCCUGAGAGAUCGGCAGCUACCUCGAGGGGAAGAGGAAGAGGUCGCAAGAGAGCGAAGAAAUAGACUGAAUGAAGCAAGCUAACUACUAAUAACUGCCUAGACUGACAAUAGCGGGUCCUAAUUGAAAAUCAUUAGUCGAUGUGGUGUGUCUGUCAUGGAAGUAUCGAAAUAGUCUGAUUUCCAAGAGCAUGUGCCUUUCAUGUACCUUGUGAGGUCCAUCUGAAGCUGGCCUUCGUGGUGUAUCAUCCUAAAGUAGUCGGAAAUGUUCUUCACGUGUUUCGGGCAGAGUAAGGUACCAAAACAAUAUUCAACGUUGUACCGGGAACUGAUUGUGAGUGUGCUUUGGUGCAUCAAUGGAGAAUAUUUGCAUUUCAUCA